AUGGAUGGAAAUGGUACCGUUUACGAGGAGGAUGCAGCACAUCGUGAGCAGGGCCAGGAGAAGAAAUCGCCCGUGAUUUUGAGCAAGAUCGAGAAGGAAGUCGUUGACCUUCAACUGAAUGGGCUCGCGGCGGGACUUGACGCUCAAAGUCUCUGGUCUUAUACCACGACAUGGGACAAGGCAAUCAUCGUUAUAAGUAUAGCCGCCGCCAUCUUUGGUGGUGCCUCGAACCCAUUGCUCACAGUUGUCUAUGGGUUGGCUGUCGGUUCGUUUGCAGAUAGGUCCAAUGGCGUAACAUCCAUCUCCGAAUUGUCCGCACAAGUGGCUAAAGUCUGUCUCUAUUGGGUAUAUCUUGGGAUCGCUAUGUUUUUCUUCAUCUACAUCACCACCGUUGGAUUCUAUUACGUCGGCGAGCGCAUUGUGAUGCGUCUACGCUAUGCAUAUCUCCGGACAAUCCUCCGACAAAACAUAGCAUUCUUCGACACACUUGGCGCCGGCGACGUCACAACACGCAUCACCUCGGAUAUGAAUCUCAUCCAAGAAGGCAUCACCAGCAAAGUAUCUAUGGGCCUCACGGCAGUAGCAACUUUCUGCUCAGCUUAUACUAUCACAUAUAUUCAGUACUGGAAACUCGGCCUCAUCAUGACAUCGACCGUGGUUGUGAUGCUGCUCACUGGAACAGCAGGAGGUAUUCUGGCCGUGAAAAAUUCCAAAUCAAGUAUGACUCUUUAUAAUAGCGGUUCCAAUCUGGCUGAAGAGAGUAUCGGAUCAAUCAGACAUGUGACAGCAUUCGGUAUCCAGAAUGCUCUUGCGGACAAGUAUCUAGGAUUCCUGAAGCAGGGAGAGAAGCCCGGGGUUAAGGCAAGGUUGGCUAUAUCUUUUAUGAUUUCAUUCAUGAAUGGCCUGCCGUUCCUCUCCUACGGUCUCUGCUUCUGGCAAAGUGGAAGGUAUAUCAUAUCAGGGCACAUGGGCCCCGGAGCUGCCGUGACUGCUACAAUGGCUAUUGUUAUUGGAGGGUUCGCAAUCGGAAGAGUUGCACCAAGUCUCCAGUCUUUCAUGGCUAGCACUGCAAGCGCUAGUAUGAUCAUUCGUUCCAUGCAAAGGGCAUCCCCUGAAGACCCCUUGUCUACCGAGGGCGAAAAACCCGAAGGAAUAAAAGGGGAGGUCUCCUUUCAUGAUAUUAGCCUGGUCUAUCCGUCAAGACAAGACGUUGCUGUUCUCAAACAUCUAAGCCUAACAAUGCCGGCUAGUAAAACGACGGCAAUUGUGGGUCCAACUGGAUCCGGAAAAAGCAGUAUUGUCGGCCUCGUCGAGCGCUUUUACAGACCAACAGGGGGCCAUAUCACGCUCGAUGGACACAAUAUUCAAAACCUGAACUUACGGUGGCUGCGCAGCUUAAUGGCGUACGUAGGCCAAGAGCCAAUUCUGUUCAAUACCACCAUACAGGAGAAUAUUGGUCAUGGAUUGGCUUAUCUUGACGAUGCCGCUCGCUCAUCCCAGGAUAUCAAAGAUGCAGUCAUCAAGGCAGCGAAGGAUGCAAAUGCACAUGAUUUCAUUAUGGCGCUGCCCAAAGGCUACGACACCAUGGUUGGUGAAAAAGGCCUGCAGUUGUCUGGAGGACAGCGGCAACGAAUUGCUAUCGCGCGGGCCUUGAUUCGUAAUCCGAGUAUACUCAUCCUUGACGAAGCUACAUCAGCCCUUGACAGUCGAGCUGAGAAAUUGGUGCAAAAGGCAUUAACAAAGGCCGCCAAAGGCAGAACUACUAUAGUUAUUGCCCAUCGACUAUCGACCAUACGUUCCGCGGAUAAUAUUGUCGUCUUGUCUGGGGGUGAGAUUGCAGAGCAGGGAGAUCACGAUAGCCUGAUGACAAGACAAGGACUGUAUGCGAGCCUUGUCAACGGACAGCAACUGACAGAGGAAAAAACGGAGGAAGAAGACGGCGAUGCGCUAAUUGAGAAUGCAAGUGCUUCUUCGUGGUUCAUGGACGAGAAGGCGACUGCCAAAGAACAGCCGGAGAUUGUUGUGGAGAAAAAGCUCGAUUCGAAAAAGCUCGAUAAACGGCUAUCCUUCUGGGAUCUUCUUCGUUUGAUGGAUAAGCUAAACCGCCCCGAACGUAUGCUAAUUCUUUUCGGGCUUAUCGGCUGUGUAUUCGCGGGGCUAGGAACACCAGUACAGGCAAUCUUCUUUGCAAAGCUUAUUGAGGCCGUAUCUGUCCCGGCAUCUCAAUAUAAUAAGCUUCGCUCCGAAACAAGCUUCUGGGCCUUGAUGUACCUAAUGCUUGGUAUUGUUGCUAUCAUCUCAUGGUUUGGCCAAGGUGCCUGCUUUGCCUUCUCGUCGGAGCGCCUCAUCCGCAGAGCCAAGGACACAACUUUCCGGUCCAUUCUGCGUCAGGAGGUCUCCUUCUUCGAUGAGCGGCCAACAGGCGAUCUAACAACAAUGCUGUCACAGGAUACCACUCACCUGGGUGGGCUGGACGGCGCCGUGCUGGGUUCCAUGAUCACUUUCACGGUUACCAUCAUCGGUGGACUUGCACUCUCUGUUGCAAUAGGCUGGAAGCUGGGUCUCGUGUGUGCUGCAUUAAUCCCUAUUACGGUGGGCAGCGGCUAUAUCCGAUUGAUAAUUCUGAGUCUCUUUGACCGUAAAGUACGACAGACACAGGCUGAGUCUGCGGCUUACGCCAACGAAGCUGUGAGAGCUAUUCGUACUGUGGCAAGCUUGGGCCUUGAGAAUGAGGUGCUACAGCGCUACCGUGCUAUCCUAGAGCGUGAUGCGGCGGCAUCACUCCGCUCCAUCUUGCAGGCUUCGGUACUCUUUGCCCUCUCUCAGUCCCUACUUAUGCCAACAGGGGCUUUGGUUUUCUGGUAUAGCAGUACACUUCUGGCGACUGGUGAAUAUACGUUAACGCAGUGCUUUAUUUGCUUUUCUGCACUGGUCACUGGCGCCCAGACAGCCGGUGCCGUAUUCAAUUUUGCCCCAGAUAUGAGCAAGGCGAUGCAGGCCGGACGGCACCUUCGUAACUUAUUUGAACGCGUGCCCCCAAUUGACAGCUACAGCUCUGAGGGCCGGUUGUUACCAGCAGAGGCGUGUCGUGGUGCUAUUGAAAUUCGAGACGUGAGUUAUCGCUACCCGCAGCGUCCAGAGAGGGUGGUCCUAGCCAAUUUCUCCCUCUCCAUCAAACCAGGACAGUUCGUUGCCUUCGUGGGGCCAAGUGGAUGCGGCAAAUCAACCGUUCUGGCCCUCCUGGAGCGGUUUUUCGACCCCGAAAUUGGACGCAUCCACGUUGACGGGUCCGAUAUCACAGAGUUAAACAUCUCCCAGUACAGAAGCCGUAUUGCAAUGGUCGGACAGGAACCAGUGGUGUACUCUGGCACUAUCCGUGAAAACCUGGUGUUGGGCGCCCCAGAAACGUGA